AUGAUUACUGAAACUUGGCUUAAGAGUGACAUAGGCAAUAGUGAACUAGCUUCGAAUUUUAAUAUUUACCGUACCGAUAGAAAUUGCAGCACUAGUAAUCUGAGACGUGGAGGAGGUGUACUGAUUGCAGUAAAUAACAACAUUGACGCGGUUUCUGUCGCAAUUCCCGGAUGUGAUCAUCUUGAACAAGUCGUUGUGCGAAUCAGGAAUCAGUGUCAAUACAUCUACCUGUGCUGUGUAUACUUCAGGCCAAAUAGCGAAACUUCUUUAUAUGCGUCGCACAUGUCUGCUCUUGAUCACAUAAUGAACAUUGCUACUAGCCAGGACAUUAUCAUCGUAGCUGGUGAUUAUAAUCUACCCAAUCUAAACUGGAGCUUUGAUGAAGAUUCGAAUGGAUUUCUGCCGGUGAACGCCUCCACUGAGCAGGAGCUAGCUGUGAUAGAAUCAACCAUAGCUUCUGGGUUGUCUCAAAUGUGCUCGCUCGUCAACGCAAAUGGAAGAAUUCUCGACCUUAUGUUUAUUAAUAGACCUGAUCUUGCCGAAGUUGUACACCCACCAUGUGCAAUUUUGUGCACUGACCGACAUCACCAACCGUGUGUGAUGAUAGUGCAUUAUUUAUCUGAUGAGUUUAUGGACACCGCAAGUACCCACCAGCAAAGUUUGGAUUUUACGCAUUGCGAUACAGAUCACGUUAUUGAACUGUUGAUGAACAUGAACUGGCAAGCAGAGCUUGAAGAUCUGAGUGUAGAUGACGCGGUAUCUACCUUCUACUAUCAUAUGUGGGAGAUUUUACGAGCGCACACACCUCCUAGACGGUUGCGCCGACAAAAGACUUAUAAUCAACCUUGGUGGAACUCUGAACUUCGGAGAAGUCGUAACGUUGUUCGUAAAGCCCGCAAACGAUACUUUCGAGACAAGACUGAUGAAAACAAAUCAUUCCUCUCUAGAUUAGAGACUGAAUAUUCGGCAAUUCGUAACGCUGCCUUUGAUCAGUAUAUUUUGAACAUCGAACGUAACGUUAAACAGGAUCCUUCCUCUUUCUGGAAAUAUAUCAAUAGUCGUCGACUCGGUAAUUCUAUUCCUUCUUCAGUAACGUUUCAAGAACGGACAACGGAAUGCGUUAAGGAUUCUGCUGGUUUGUUUGCCGAAUUUUUCAGUAGCGUGUAUAGCUCUCACUCUCCAGACUGCACUAAUGAUUACUUUGGAACACUGCAAAACCGUGACAUUAGAUUCCCACAGCCCGUAUUUUCAGACCAGGAGGUUCUAAAAGUAUUGGUAUCUAUGGAUUCUUCGAAAGCGACAGGAUUGAAAGAAUCCAGAAAAAAUUUCUGCGGUACGCGUUACGCCGUCUGCCCUGGCAAGAUCCCGUACGGCUACCUCCUUACUCUGAGAGGUGUGGCCUACUAUCAAGGACGCCCUUGA